UGUUUCAAUUCACAUUUUGUUCUUAUUACUCUCACUCCAAAUGCCGCUGUUUAUUAAUCGAGAUCAGAUUUUUGCGCAUCAAGUCCACCUUCUAGAGCAUAAACUACGGAGUAAAGAGGAACAUAUUUUGGAAUUGGAAACAGAGAACGCUCUCCUUCAUUUGAGACUCGCUGAGUGUUUUGGCAAACUUCGCCGUGGAAGAAAUGAGGAGAUUCAUGCCCAAAGACAGAAGCAUCAACAUCAGAGAAAACUGCAGAAGUCCACAUUUGCAGCUCUUUCCAAACUUCUGUCUGAAGUUCAGGUGCUGAAACAGGACUCGAGGGGCAUCUUUACAGUCUACAUGGGGUUUGCCAAAGAACUGGAGGAUCAAAGCAAACAGUUGUUUGAAUGUGUGGGCACUGCCAGAAAUACUAUUCAGGAUCACCAAAGUAAUGACAUACAGAAGUUCCAGGCUCGGUUGGCUGCACUUGAGCACUCUUUACAGGAAGAGAAGCAAAGGUGUAGAGAGGAGAGGCAGAAAAGGAUGUUGCUUCACAAUAGCUUGAUUGAGCUGAGGGGUAACAUCAGAGUCCACUGCAGAGUACGCCCAAUUCUACCCUUUUAUGAUAGACCAGGAUCCCCCACAACAUAUGGGUCCUCAUUAUGUGAAGCAGUGGUGCAGGCCAUCAAUGAUGACUCUGUUCUUGUAAACUGUGCCAAAAGCCCUGCUAUGAACAAAAUAUUUGAGUUUGAGAGAGUACAUGGUCCAGAAGACAGCCAAGAGACUGUGUUUGAGGAGGUGAAAGCCCUACUAACCUCUCUGCUUGAUGGGUAUAAUGUGUGUAUAAUGGCGUAUGGUCAGACUGGUAGUGGAAAAACACACACAAUGAUUGGCUCCCAGUCUGAGGAGCCCACAGCUGCAGUGCAGGACUUUCAACAGGGCAUCAUUCCAAAAGCAGCGACUGAGCUAUUUAAGCUGAUCUCAGAGAAACCAGCAGACAGUCAUACAGUGGAGAUGUCAGUGGUGGAGGUUUAUAAUAAUGAGGUUCUGGACCUACUGGCCAGAGAUGAAGAUGGGGCAGCAGUUGGAGUGAAGAGAGAGGUCAUCACAACCAGCACAGGCACCAGUGAGGUGCCCUGUCUAACAUAUAAGUUUGUACGCAGCUCUGCAGAAGUGAUGCAGCUGAUCAAUUCUGUGUUGAAACUAAGGGCUCACAGUCCCACACUGGUGCACAUGGACUCUUCCAGAUCUCAUUUCAUUGUCACUCUCACCGUCACCUCCAAAAGCCCCGAUGCACUGGCACUGGCUUGUAAGCUGCAGAAUGCCAGGCAAGAGGUCCGAGGGGUGUCUCAGAAGGAGUGGUGGAGCCCACGUUGCCGCAGGGCUGCCUCUUUGCGCUCAUCCAGCCCCACCUCCUCACCAUGCCACUCCCCCUGCCACUCACCAUGCCCUUCUCCCAGACCCAGCAUCACACAGACGCCCCUCAAGACCAAGCUUCAGUUGGUGGACCUGGCUGGGAGCGAGUGUGUGGGGAUGUCAGGUGUGACUGGUGCAGCCCUGUGGGAGAGUUCCUGUAUCAAUCGCAGUCUUUCUGCUUUGUCUGAUGUUCUGGGAGCUCUAGCUGAGCAAAGACCCCAUGUACCCUACCGCAACAGCAAACUAACACAUCUCCUACAGGAUGCCAUUGGAGGGGAUGCCAAGCUGCUAAUACUGCUGUGUGUGUCUCCCACUCAACACUUCCUCACUGAGUCACUUCAGUCUCUGGGCUUUGGCGCCAGAGCCAGACAAGUCCAGAGAGAGCCACCAUGCAGAAAGAAUACAACUCUGAAAAUUAACCAAAACUAGGGAAGAGACCAACAGGAAGAUGUAUUUGAUAGUAAAAGGCAAUGGGAGUGGACUGCUUAUGCACUGUCAUUGUGUGUAUGUUUACUGUAUGCAUGAUAUUAUGGUGCUCAGAUCAUGACGAUGUACCUUAUCUUUACCUAAUUGCAGUGGAAAAUACUUAAAAAGGAAUGUUUUGGGUUCAUAAAAUUUUAUAAACAAGCAGUUCCGGAUAAAUAUUAUUGUGGUUGAUUCCAUAGAUGCAUUUUUAGUAUAGUUUUUUGAGAAUAGAAUUGAAGAAAGUUUUUUUUCAGAAUAGGACUGCUUAAACACAUAUAGUUCUUACACACACUCUCCUUGGCUGAUCAUGCACUUUGGGAAUAUUUGUCUGAAAAAAACAACAACAACAAAAACAUGUUUACAGUUCUGUUUCUGGUUUGCUUGAAAUGCUUCCUUUUAUAUGCAGUGUGUGUGUUAAAAUAUUGAGUGAUGAUGAAUGUAUGGGUUUGAAGUAUAUUAGGGCCUGAAUGUAGUUGACCAUAUGUUCUACUGCAAUAUUUGUAAUUGGUUGCCUUUUCAAUAUAUCCCUAUUCAUGUUGAUUUAGUUUUAAUAAAAUUCA